UCGGCGCAUGCGCAGUGCGCGGCGCGGUGCCCGGCUGCGGCGCUGCUCGGCGCCAUGGAGAUGCUUCGGCCGGGCUGGAUCCCGCGUCUCUCGGCGCUGCUGGCGCUCGCGCUGCUUCCCAGGGGAGCGCUGGGUAGUUGUGGUACCCCACCAAGGCUAAGCUUUGCUGAACUGCAAGAUGAGUCUAAGGCCAAGGAAGAGUUUCCAGUUGGGACCACAGUGACAUAUAAUUGCCGCCCAGGUUACCAAAGAGUCGCUGGACAGUCACCCACUCUUACUUGUGAAGGAGAAUCGGUGUGGUCAGAACCCAAAAUGUUUUGUCAAGGGAAAUCAUGUGGACAUCCAAGAGACCUAGCUAAUGGCAAGGUUCAUAUCACAGAUCUCCGAUUUGGUUCGAACAUUACAUUUUCUUGUGACGAAGGGUUCAGAUUAGUUGGACCUAAUACUAGUCUGUGUGUGAUUGAUGAAACAAGGGUCACAUGGAAUCAUGAACUUCCAUUUUGUGAAGCAAUUCCAUGUCGUCCGCCUCCAGACAUUAAGAAUGGGAGGCAUUCCGGUGACUCCAAUCCUGAAUACACCUAUGGCUCAAUAGUAACUUACAGCUGUAAUACUGUACCAAGAGGCACAGACCCUUUCUCACUCAUUGGAGAGGCAUCUAUUCACUGUACAUCUGACAAAGACCAAAAGGGAAUUUGGAGUGGAGAGCCCCCUCAGUGUAAAGUGGUCAAGUGCAGUAACGCAGAAGUUGAAAAUGGGAGAAAACUAAGUGGAUUUGGUCCUUCCUAUUCAUAUCAAGAUGCCAUUACGUUUGGAUGUGAGGCUGGCUACUUCAUGGUUGGCAGUCGUGUGAUUGUAUGCCAAGCAAAUAAUUUAUGGUCUCCUCCAGUACCAACUUGUGAAAUACCUCAAAGUGUCUGCAGUGCUCCACAGUUCCCAAAUGGAAAAAUGCUUCCAUCAGAACCUCAAUAUGUCACUGGAAAUGGUAUUAACUUGAUCUGCGAGGCGAAUGGUGUCUUGCCCGAUGGUGCAAAAUCUAUGACUAGUCACUGCAAAGGAAACAAUGUGUGGGAUCCUCCUGUACAAAUUUGUCAGUGGGUUUGUCCAGACCUGGUCAUCUCUCAUGGAAGAGUAAAGUCUGGAGCAAAACCUCAUUAUGUUGUUGGAGAUCAUGUUACAAUUGAAUGUUAUGCAGCCUACACAAUGCCUGGUGAACCUAAGAUUCAUUGCACUGAUAAAUUUAAAUGGGAGCCUGUAAUUCCAGAAUGUAGACUAAGUGUGUACAUCAUAAUUCUUCUUUGUGUAAUUGUAAUCGCUGCAGUGAUGCUGAUAGUAACUUUGGUCUAUAAGAAAAUUUUUUCACAGAAAAGCUCAUACCAAACCGAUGAAAACGGCCAAGAAGCAUGCAUGUUAAAGGCUAAAGCACCAGAUUAAAUUGAAGUAUCUGCAUUAAAGAAUUAAUUGAAACAUUAAAAGGAAACAUGUCUCCACUUCACCUACUGCUGAAUACACCUUGUGUAAAACUUGAUUGAUUGGAGGGGAAGGAGCAGUGCUGAAAGAAUUCUUUCACAGAUGGAAAAAGGACUGCAUUUGCACUAUAUUUCUGUAGUGGAAUAUUUAGCACCUACUUUCACCAGAAUUGAAGAUGCUUUCAUCUUAGAUUUUUCUUCUCCUUUUGUGAUUGACUGCUGUAGACAUCUACUGCAUCUUUACUAAGGCACAAAGCCAGAAUGUAUACCAGUACCAUCCCUUUUAGCUCACUUGUCUGUGUGAAAUUAACUUAUACAAAGCUUUGUGCCCAUAGCCUUGUCACAGCAGCCUGGAAUACUAAAACUCUGCAUUCAGGGCAUUAUGCCAGCUGCCUUCUUUCUCUGCCUUGCAGCAUCCUCCUGCUUCCAGAAGAGACUAGGCAAUGGGAGAGUGCGUGGUAGGUUCUUGAUAUGAUUUAUGUUGCAUUAGUGGCCAUAUUGUUUAAAUUUACCUACCUCUAUUUGAGGAAGGUGACUACCUACUGAAAGAUAUGGUACCUAGUUUAAUUUUCAUAACGUAAGUUUUGCACAUCAUUCCCUUUAUUUUUGCAAGUACUAAAUAUGAAACUAAACUACUUCUCUUGCUGUCCACUGCUUUUGGAUAUACUGUGCAUCUAAACCAGGUUUUUGUAACCUUCCUCUUAAGGCAAUUAAUUGGUCUUGGUGGGCAACAUGGGGAGUCUGGGUAGUAAUUCUGUCCCAGUUAAGAUUGCAAAGGACCACCUUGAAUGGGGAAUUAAGAGAGUGACCACAUCAGAAACAUUUUUUGCGCCUCAGACUUGCUAGAUAAUGAAGGCUUCCCACUGGAGGUAAUGGAAGAUACAAACAACUGGACAAAGUGCUGGCACAUACACUCUUUUAAUUGCAAUAUAAAUACAAUCUUGAGGUGGAAGUUGGAUGAGGACAGACUUUUUUUCCCCCCUUGCUGAAGGACCAGCAAACACUUGUCAGCUGAAACAGCUCAAAAAAAUUAUUACAUUAGGGAUCUUGGACAGGGGAUUUCCUACUGGAGUUGGGGGUCUUGGUGCAUAUCUGAAAUCAUAUACUUUCCCAUAUGGUGUGCUCUGAAUUGAAGCUUGGAUUGAACUCAGCAGCUAUAACUCUAAAUGUGUAUCAUUAUGAAAACUGUCAUGAUCUGUUUAUCUCAUAGCCAUGUGUGGCAAAGCUAAUAAACCAACCCUUUUUCUUUUACCACAGACCAUGUAGGCAGUUCUGUUUACAGGUUCACUUUCCCACAGAAGGAAGUGGAUGCAAUUUAAGUCCGUUUUUUUUAUUUCAGAUAUUCAUUGUUCUGUGUGAUAUGGAUGUAUAUAUUUGUAUUAGUACUUUUAACAUUUCUGAUCAGAAACAUUUGUUUGAAUAAUUAUGAUCCCCUAGCACAAUAUCAAACAGUAAUAUUCUGUGGGGCAUGCUUAACAAGGAAGGGCUAGAUUCACAACAACUUUUUGGUGCCUAGAAAAUCACUGGAAUUCACGAAGUCUAGGCUGGCUGUGCAAUGAAUUGGGAGAGUCAGAAGCCAGAGCAUGGGAUUCACAAAAACCAGCAUGUUUUUAAGAUGCUCCUUGCAUAAGGUAGCCAAUAGGUGGUACAAAGCCAAGGCAUAUGUGCUAAGCUCUACCCCUCUCUGAGAUUGGUACCUCCCUGCUGUGAAUCCUGGGGGGUAAAGUACCUACACUGUUUUUGCAAGAAGCCUGGGGUGUUGCUCAAGCUUGCAUACGCUCAGUCAACAUUUAUCCAUCAUACAACAGCUUCUACAUUGGUCCAGCAAAAGGGAGCAUGCACUUAAGAGAGAGGCAUCUGCUCCAGUGACUCUUAAAAUUAUUCACAGUGGAACAGGUUUCAACAAGAGAUACUGAAAGACUCCUACCACAUGGCUAGGGCACUCACUGAGCAGUGGCAGAUCCCUGUUCAAAUCCCUUCUCUUCCUCAGGUGGAGGGGGGACUUGAACCAUGGGUCUCCCAAGUGAGUACCCUAUUCACUGGGCUAAAAGUUGGAAGGAAAAUCUGUCCCCUCUUCCCUGUCCUCUAGUCAUUUUGUGCAAGCUCAUCUAUAGGGCCUUGAUCCAGCAGGCAAGGUUUGAGCAUGCUUACCUGAUAGGGCCCCACAGAUGAGUUAGAGAACCAUCUCCCUUUUCCUGGUUGAGACACCGUUCUGGGGUUUAGGCUUUAGUUGCCUAAAGUGGCAGUUAGAUGCAUACAUCCUUUUGUGAAUGUUGCCCAAAAUGUCUACUAAUCAUUUUGCUUAUCAAAAAAGCUUUAACAGCUAGGACCCUGGUCCUGCAAAGAUUUACAUAGUGGGACUAUUCACAAUGUGUAUAAGAAAACAUUGUUAGACUGGGGGUAAAAUUGUUAAUUCCAGGAAUUGCUUUUUAACUACAGGGUAUAUUAGAAAUGCCUAUUAUAUCAAUCAUUGGAUUGUUAUAUAGUGCCUUUCAGCAUUAAGGGGGCGGGGGGGAGCUAUUUAAAAUGCAAGGCAAUUGUAAAAUGCUACAGUGUGAUUUUAACUAUAUUCCUUAUUUAAUACUAUUAAUGUUCAGUUUAUGAACACAAGAAGGAUUUGUCUUGUAUUCUUAAUAAAGUGAUGAUUUUUAAGUGAA